GCGAGAGGACGGACAUUGGGAAGAAAAAAAAGCAGAUAACAUGUCAUCAACAUGUCAUCAACAAGUCAUCAACUACGCAGACGAGGGGACAUUGGAGAGGUUGCUGACGGAGGAGAAAGCUGGCGGAGACGUCCUGGUGCAAAUCUCCUGGUGGAGGCCCAGGGAGACGACCGAUCGCCUGGCGACGGCGAGCGUCCGGUGAUCCGAACAUCUCUUCGGGGACGACAACUCUAUCAGGGAGUCCCUCUAUACAACUCUAUCAGGGAAUCCCUCUAUACAACCCUUAACAGUAAAAGCGUAUCUGGGGAGACUUGGCCGGUCCAGCUUCCCGGGCCUGGAGUUUGGGCGAAGCUCUCAAAAAUAACGCCCUGGCGACCGUGGACGGACAGCGGGAUCUGUGGGGAACUUUCCUUCUCAAGGCUACUUUUGCGACAGCGAGAUGUUGGAUGCUGAAUGACGCAUGCAAUGAAAUCUACCGAGAAGCGCGACGAUCAAACGAAGAUCGGACGAGAGCACAUCAUCACGCACGUGUACGAAGGUAUGCACGCUACAUGUAUCACAUUUUAUAACGUAUACUUUAUUAAUUGCAAUUAUACAUGUAUGCGUUUGCAUUCAUUGCCCCACAUGCAAAUUUACUUACACAUUGCUCCACAAAAAGGAAAAUAAAAAGACGUUCCGACGUUCACAUAGCCUCUCUCAGCACGCGGCGUAUAUGUAUAUAUAUAUUUUUUUCUCAUUUAUUUAUAUGUUAUGCGUGAGGGUUCAUAAGAAAUACUUAAUCGCUAUGAGACAUUCAUAGUCUACGACGUUGUCAUGAUCGUGGUCGAUGUUGCAUUUAAGCACUGAUCGAUCGAUUGUUUGUUUUUCUUUUCUUUUUUUUCUUCUUCAUUUUAUUCUUUUCAUGCGAUGUGUAAUACUAAUCUAGAUCACAGUCGUUUCCACUUUGCAGUCGAGUAAAGAGAUGCGAUUGAUGCUUCGAUGAGUGAGGGUGGAUGAGAGAAAGAGAAAGGAAGAGAGAUGAUUAGAACAAGAGGAGAAGAAAAAAAGAGAGAGCAAAUAGAGAGAGA